AUGACUAUUAAAUCUUGUAUUGGUUGGCCGUGUAAAGGGACAGGAUCUUAUAGGCAAAGGGAAAUUUUCCUGCGGUUUUUCUCAUGGUCAAUAGUUGCAAACCAAGGAGAACAGGUCGAAUCGCUUGUUGAAGAGGUUUGCCGUAAGCUUAAUACAAGACACAUCAUUGUGACUGAACAUUUGGUCGAAGAUAAUGCUCAAAUGGAAACCAUAAUGAAAUUGUUGGAUGUUGGGUCUGAUGGUGUACGUUUUGUUGGAAUCCACGGCAUGGGUGGUGUUGGAAAAACAACUCUUGCCAAAGUCAUGUUCAACAAACUAUCUUUUCACUUUGAAGGCUGUUGCUUCCUUGAAGAUGUUCGAGCAUCAUCGCAAUCUCAUGAUGGUAUUUUACAAUUACAGAAAAAGCUCUUAUCAGGUUUUGUCAAUUCAGGGAUUACUGAUCAAAUAAAAGAUGUUGGUGGUGGGAUCAUGAGGAUCAAAGGUGCUUUUAGUAAUAAAAAAGUACUCAUUGUACUUGAUGAUCUGGACAACAAAGAACAACUCCAAAAUCUGGCCGGAAAAUCUGAUUGGUUUUGUUCUCGUAGCGGAAUCAUUAUCACAACUAGAGAAGAAAGCAUCCUGAAGACUCAAGUAGACCAAUCCAAAGGAAUUUUAGCUCAUGAAGUUCAUCCAAUGAGAUUUGAUCUAGCAUUUCGUCUAUUUUGUAAGCAUGCAUUCAGAAGUGACUCAGUUAUAAGAGAUUAUGAGGAUUUUUCAAUAGGAAUUGUUCGUAAGGUGGGCAUGCUUCCUUUGGCCGUUGUGGUGAUAGGGUCCCAUCUUUUUGACUUGGGUCAUGAUUUGGAGCAUUCGGAUAAAAUAGAAGUAUGGGAGGAGACGGUGGAACAGUUAAAGGAAGGUCCUUUUGACGAAGUCCGAAAUACAUUAAAGAUAAGUUAUGAACGAUUAGGGAAUAAGGAAAAAGAAGUAUUUCUGGAUAUAGCAUGCUUUUUCACCAAUGACGACAUAACAUAUCCGGUCAUCAUGUGGAAAAAUUGUGGCUACUCUCCUUACACUGCAACGCGGGUUCUCUCUCACAAGUCCUUGAUAAAAAUUAGAGAUGGCACAAGGUUUUGGAUGCACGACCAAGUUCGAGACUUUGGAAGGUACAUUGUUCUUGAAGAAUAUCCUCGCAAGUUUUGUCGGGUGUGGAUUCGUGAGAAAGCCCUCAACCUACUGAAGAGAAAAGAGAGAAAUGAAAAUGUUGUGGCACUAAGCCUGAAUUUCGAUGGCUGUAGCUGCAACAUUGCAUCUGAAGAAUUAACUGCCGUACCAAAUCUAAGGUUUCUUCGAGUGAAAGGCAUCGAUUUUUUUGGCAACUUCGAGAAUCUUCUGUUGGAGCUGAGAUGGUUUUCUUGGGAAAUUACUCAUAAGGACUUUUAUGCAGAGAGUUUUCAUUUUGCUAAUUUGGUUGUGCUAGACCUUUCAAGGAGCAAUAUUGAAGAUGACUGGGGUGGGUGGAGUCAAAUCCAGAUGACAAAAAAAUUAAAAGUUCUAGAUUUAACGGAUUGCACAAAGUUGACAAGAACACCUGAUUUCUCUAAUUUCACGUCUUUGGAGACGUUAGUACUUGCUCGAUGUUCCAACUUGAUCACAAUUCACCCCUCCAUUUCUAAGCUUCAAGUCUUAGAGACUUUGAAUGUGAAAGGGUGUAGUCGUCUUAGGGAGUUGCCGGAAGAAGUCGGUUUUCUACAAUCUUUGAAGCAGAUCAUCAUGCCCGAAAAUUUUCAACCCUUGAAGUUUCCAGAGAGAUUUGGCAAUUUGACAUCUUUGGUGAGUUUUAAAUUAAACUACCACCCUAAUAUCCGCCAACUCCCAAACUCCAUUGGAGGGGCGGCGAAUCUCACGCGCUUAACUUUACGUGGGUGCGUGGGGAUAAAGGAACUUCCAAGCUCAAUUGGAGAGUUAAAAAUGUUGAUAGAGUUGGAGGUAACAUCGUCAGGUGUAGUUGAACUACCUGAUUCUAUCGGAAAUUUGAAGAAACUAAGGGUGUUGAGUUUAUGUAGAACAAAGAUAAAGGAGAUUCCUCAUACUAUUGGAGGACUGGAGAUGCUUGAAGGUUUAUAUGCCAACAGGUCCUGGGAUCCGACGGAUAAAAAUUUGGAGGAAAUUGGGAAGCUACUCCAUUUGAAGACCUUGAACUUAGCAUUUACUAGUGUUUCUCGAUUGCCUCCAGAGAUAAGUCGUCUUCGUUUGCAAAAACUUGAAGUGGGUUCGAUUGAGCUUCAACAAGUGCCAGCUCUUCCAUCAAGUUUGAAAUACCUUGCAGUUCAAGCUAUGGACUUCUCUCUUGUCCCCGACCCCUCAAGCAUCACCGAUUUAGAACAUCUAGAUUUGCAUAGAUUCAGCAAUUUGAGAAGUAGAUAUCACUCUACUAGGCAGGACUAUGACUCAAAACUUCAAGCAGCUAUGAUGAGGGAGCAACCCUCCUAUCAGCUUCCACCUCAUUUGUUGGUCUUGAAACUCAAAAGUAUUAAUCCACUGCCACAUUUUUCCAACUUGUUAAAGUUGACAGUUUUGCAUGUGAUUGAAUGUACAAUAGCGCACAUACCCAUCACUCCAGGUCUAACACAUUUGAGGGAAUUGAACAUAACAAGAUGUGAAUUCCUUGAGGAAAUACCUGGUUUGUCACUCCCGAGGAGACUGGAGCGCUUGGAAUUGGAGGGCUUGAAUAGGCUAGUUCAGAUUCAAGGUUUGUCGGAACUAGAAUCUUUGCAGCACCUCCAUCUUUCUGGUUGUGAUUCACUAGGAAAGUUACCCAACUUAUCCAAGUUGGGUAAACUGCAACAUCUAGAGCUAGAAGCUUGUCCAAAUUUAAGAGCCAUUGAGGGCAUUGAGGGCUUAGAAAGCUGGGUGUGGGAUAGCGUUGGUCACACUAUCCAGGAAAGAUUGUUGGACAUCUCAAGAACGACAUGGCUUUCCCACAAAUUACCUAUGUACGAUAUGUUCCUGAGUUUUAAGGGACCAGACAGUCAUUAUGGCGUUGUCAGUUAUCUUCAUGCUCGGAUGUUGCGUAAUGGAAUUUCUGUUUAUAGCAAUAACGAUGACAUGAGGGCCAACGAAGGGAUUGGGGAAAAUGCACUCGCUAACUCCAAUAUCUACAUACCCGUAUUCUCUAGAAGCUACGCUUCCAGUGAUUGGUGUCUCCGCGAACUUGCCCACAUGGCGAAAUACACAUCAGAAUCAAAGGGAGCAAGAAGAAUCCUCCCCAUUUUCAACAAUGUGGAGAUUGAUGAUGUUAGGCUCGAAACUGAUUUAUACAAAAGCGACCUAGACAAGCACCGGACGAACUUCGACCACGACGAAGUGAAGUCAUGGGAACAGGCCCUAAUUGAGGUCGCAGCAAUGAGGGGUUUCGUCUUAAAAAUUAACAGCUACGAAGAAGUACUUGAAUUGGUUCUUGCAGAGGUUUCUAGAGCAAGGAAAUUGUUGGAUGGUGACUCCUGAAGCCUUCUUUUGGACGGUUGUCAAAGAAAAGAAAUAUUGCUAGUUUUCAAUCUUGAAGAACUUUUCGGUUC